AUGUCGAGCCUGCUACUCCGCAUCCGCGAGGAGGUAGAUGGGGGAGGGGGCGGAAGCGGCGGCGGCGGCGGCAUGACCCUACCACUCGUUCUCGCCAUCGCCAUAGGAGGCGGCGUCCUCCUCUUCAUAUGCCUCGCCUUCUUCCUCAUCGCCCUAGCAGGCCGCCGCCACCGAGCCCGCGCCCGAGCCCGAUCGACGACGCCCAGAACAAGACUCGACCUCGACUCGGAUGGCGGCUCCAUCCGCACGCCCAGCCCACGUCCGCGGCGCCUCACGAAGCCGAAGCCGGGCGAGCCGUACGCGGACAUGGUCGAGGUCCAGGGGAAGAAGCAGCCUCCCCACCGCUCCCUCUCGUCCAUCAUCAGCGUGCCCAGGAGCAAGAGCUGGAGCGUCUUCAGCAGCACGCCUUCGGAAGGUGCUGGCGGGCAGCAGCGUGGAGGACACCUGAGAAGGAAUAAUAGCUGGAUUGACGAGGAUGCGAUUCACGGGCCCAGAGUGCAGAGUGAUGGCCGGCGGCUGAGUAUCCGCGACAGCUUCAUACUACGCACGCCGACGUUACCGGAUCUGUUUGGGCACAAGGGCGAGGGGGAUGGUCAUUUCGACGACGAAUGUAUAAACUACUCCAUUGAACAGCCUCGGCCGGUCAGCAUGCCGGCACAGCGUGGCCAGCCUUUGCGGAUGCCGUUGCCGAGGACGGCAUCGUACGAGCUGGCCGAGAAGCUGGCGGCUGCGGCGAGGGGGGGACCGCCCGUACUUCCAACCCCACAGGGACCGGUACCUCGACCGGUGCCGUUGCAACGGCUGCGGCACAAGACGACGGAGUCGGAUCUGGCUGAGAUUUUGCGUUCUACGGAAGAGAGACUGCAGCUCGGGACACCAACAAAUAGCAGGCCGGCCACACGACAGAGGGCUGCAUCGGCAUCAGCUGGGUCCAGCGUCAAGACCCCGCGAGGGUCGCCGACAAAGUCGCAGUCUCCCAUUAAGGCUCAGUCACCGAUCAAGAUCCCGUCACCAGUCAAGAACCAGUCGCCUGUCCGGUCACGAUCUCCGGCAAAGACUCAAGUGCUGUCACACGUUGGCCAGGCGUUGGACCUUAACGCCCAGCGAGCUCGAACACCCAGCCCGUCGAAGCGAAUGGUUAUUCCAAUGCUUGUCCAGACUCCAAACCACCACAAUAGGAACACUUCACAGUCUUCGGCUGUCUCAGAUGCGGAUAGUCUGUUUGGCGAAACGACCCCGGAAGUUGAACACAUCUUGCCAACAGGACUUUCGAGCCCCAGCAGACGAUCCGAGCAUGAGUCCCCGACCAAGCCCACCGACAACGGCGCAUCGAUAGAAUCCCCUGGCAGCGAUGCCUCAUCGUCUCUGUCAACCUUGUAUAGCGUUAACGAACCCGAGGAUGACAGCAAGACCGGCGGUACUGGACACGCAGACAGCACCCCCCGCGGCAGGAAACCCAGGAGCCUUGUCAUCGAUACUCAAAUAUGUGAUCCUUUCAUCACACCAGGCCCGCCAGAAGUGCCUCCAAGGAGCCCCAAACGCCAGUCUUCCAGCUUGCCGCCUCUCCGACGCAUGACGCCGCCCGAAGAGGAGAUCCUGAACCGAACACCUACGAAGGUGACAUCUGUUGCCAACUCUCCUAUACCGAGACCGUUGGACGUCAUCAAGCGCAGCAGCACGGCCGACCAACUCCAGACGCGGUACUCCAUCAUGAUGCAACCAUCCGACCUGGCAGCAUCGCCUGAGACCAUUCGCCCGAAGAGCGUCAUGUCGAUGAAGCCCGUCUUCCUCGUCUCAAGUAACAGCGUUGUGAGCAUGAGAGCCAGCCCUGGCACGUCUCCUGAGGACAAUGGCAGCAGGCCAGCGAUGCCGAAUAACAGGUUAACGUUCGGCCCAAAGGCACCUGUCUUCCCACCGCCCUUGGCCUUGAAAGCUGGCCUGGGAUCGCCAAACCGAGAGGCCUUGAGAAUGGGUAGCCCAGGCGGGAAAAUAUCGCCAUCACGCGGCAGCCCUUCCCCUUCAGGUCGUGCUGGUCGUCAAUCGACCGACUCCGCCGCAUCUCCCGUUCCUGGCUCGCCAACUCGAAGACCACUGCCGAGCCCCGACCUGUCAAAGGGAGGAUCUCCGACACCAAGGCGAUAUAAGCGUGGGAUGGCUAGUCCAAUUCGUGACCGUGCAUUGUCCAGACAGCCGACGCCCAGAGAAUCCCGCGUCGAGCGCGUUCUCUCGAGCUCUGAUUGCCCUUCGAUCGUGCUGAAGCCAUCUAGCUCACCUAAGCGGAACUCAUACCAUCGCGACUUCGCGGUAAUGGGGCUUCAGUCAACCGUGGCUCAGCUUCGGCGAAUGAAUAGCCAAAUGAGUACCUUCAGCGCCGGUUCAUCUAUCUCGGAUCCGGAUAGUCCGACACUACCAAACUUGAGAGGAGGCGGGUUCAGCCCCGACAGGAGCAACAGCCGCGUAAGCAAAAUGGGUCGACAAAACUACUUGUCUUUAGGCACGAGCCCAGGCUCAGCGAAGCGGACCAAGUCCAUCAAAUCGGCUAGAAAUUCAAUCGCCGUGCUCAAGAGCCGACCAGGGGGAAACAAGCAUCUUGAUUCGCUACGCGCUGCAGUUGAAGAGAAGGAAAAUGAGAGAAGAAACGGUUCUCUGAUUCGAGGCCCCCGGCCGCUCAACCCGACACCCAGAAGUGCCGGACGAGGGUUGGCUAGAGACAGCGUGGUGACUGUGGAGAGUCCCACGAGGAGAAGAAUCUCCAGCGUCGAUACCGAAGACCAGAAACGUCUGGAGAGGCCGAUCAAGCAUCAAGAUAGCGGUACCAGCUUGGGUGCGUACGGGAAAGAGGACUACCUAUUAAGCUCCCCAGACAGCCUCACUGCAGGGGCUGAGAGACAAAGCCCAAACAUGAGGGUUUGA